AUGGGUUCCUUUCGCUUUCUCCUAUUUGCAUCUGUCGCCGCGUUGGUGACAGCCCGCGAUGUCCCUGAUAAUAUUAAAGCUUUCAAGGAGAGCAUCAUUGAGCAAGGCUCUUGUAAUGAUACUCUCGCCAAAGGAUUCCACAGCGCUGAUGGCGACGAUGGCUCUUAUGUCUAUUGCGGCGAUCAUCUGAAGGACUACAAUGUGAUUUAUCUCCAAGGCACAAAAGGAAAGCUCGUCAACAUGGAUGUCGACUGCGAUGGCAUCCAGGGCAGUUCUGCAGAUGAUGGACGCUGUGGCUCCUCUGGCGACACCCAGUCCGUCACGUCUUUCCAGGACCGUAUCCAGGAUUACGGCGCUGGUAGGAAAGACCUCGACGCGAACAUCCAUCCUUACGUUGUGUUUGGAAAUGUGGGCACGAAAAAGAACUGGCCGACUUUUGAUGCGCAGAAGCAUGGCAUCAAGCCCUUGAGUAUCAUUGCUGUCGUAUGCGGCGAAAAGAUGUUCUACGGAAUUUGGGGCGACGAGAAUGGCGACGACGGCGAAGAAGCCAUGGUCGGAGAAGCAGCUAUUUCACUCGCAACAGCAUGUUUUGGCAAAUCCAUUAAUGGCAACAACGGUCACGACGAAGAUGAUGUUCUAUACAUCGCUUUCCCCGGCAGCGACGCCGUUCCCGGAGAAGACGGCGCAGACUGGAAGGCCAAGAACUUCAAAGACUUUGAGGCCAGUCUUAGCAGCGUUGGAGAUGAAUUGGUCAAGCGCAUCAACGACACAAGCAGUGGCGGUAACGAGACCGAGACUGAUGACGGCGACAAGAAAGAUGAUGAUAGCGGCGCUUCUCGCUUGUGGUCUGGCACAGGCUCAUGGGGCGUGGGAUUGUUAGUUGUUUCGGCUAUGGCUGUUAUGAUGAUCUGA